UUUUAUUUUGUAAAGCCAACCGGAAGCCACCCUGUGCGCCUGUGAGCAGUAGUAGAGCAGUAGAGACCCCCCUCACGGAAAACUGUGGUAACUGUGGUGUACAGCUGCAGAGAUGCGCGACACAGAAAAACAAGGAGAAAGGAGGGAAAUGGAGACCCAGCACAGGGAAGGGAAGUAACCACUGAAAAAUAAAGCCCACACAUGAUCUGAGAUGCUCCGAGACACCGAGGGACACCGUCUGUGGACAUAAAAGCACCGGAGAGGGGGCUCGGAUCGUACAUUGAUCCGAACACAGGGGGACGGGAGGGGUCGAUCAUGGGGAACGAAGCGAGCCUGGAAGGAGGCGAAGGGCCGCCGUCUGGGCUGCCGGAGGGGCUGGCACCGGACGGCAAGGGCGGCUUCGUCCGGGUCUCCGACGGGACUCCGGUCAACCUGAGUGAACUCAGCGAGGAGCAGAGGAGGCAGCUCUCCGCCGCGAUGUCAAGGGCGCAAGGCAGGCAGCCCGGAGGCGCAGCAGCUGCACGAAGACCGUCUGAAUCUGAUACACAUCAGCGUUCCCAGCAGGUAGGGGCCUCCAGGGGCCCUUCAGGUCUCAGUAAGAGUCGCACUGUAGACGCCUUCAAUCAGGGUCCGCCUGGCAAGGCCGCCCCGGGCCGCAGCCCCUCGUCCCUCAGCCUUUUUGAAUCCAGGUUCCGGCAGGAGCCUAAAGACCCAGAGGCCAAGUCGUCCGGCAUGUUUGGCUCCAGCUUCCUCAGCGGGGCCAACCCCCUCAGUGCCGUGUCGUCUAUGACCUCAUCUGUCUCCUCCUCCAUAUCGUCCAUGGGUGAUAAUGUCAACAUCCCCAAGUUUGGACUAUUUGGGGACGAGGAGGAGGGAGAUGCACCACCUGAGGCCAAGCAGGGAGGAAAGCCACCAGGCAAGGGUCCGCAGCAAGGGCCAGGUCCAAAGGGACCUCAACAAGGAGGACCUCAGAAACAGGGUCAGGGCCCCCCUGGACAAGGGCCAAAGCAAGGGCAAGGACCUCCUGGUCAAGGACCCCCUGGGCAGGGACCCAGGCAGGGUCAGGGACCACCAGGCCAGGGGCCCAAACCUGGCCAGGGUCCUCCUGGCCAAGGACCCCCUGGGCAGGCCCCCAGGCAAGGUCAGGGUCCACCAGGCCAAGGACCUCCAGGCCAACAGGCCCCCAAACCAGGCCAGGGACCUCCAGGCCAACAGGCCCCCAAACCAGGUCAAGGACCACCAGGUCAAGGCGCCAGACAGGGUGGCCCACCCCAGCAAACAGGUGGACCCCCUCAACAAGGACCUGGGAAGCCUGGACCCAAACAGCAAGGGCCACCAGGCCCUGGGGCUCAUCCUGGAGAGCCAGCUAAGAGCGCAGGGCCUCCUGGUCAGCAGGGGGCUGGAAAGCCUGGAGGUGGACUCUGUCCGCUGUGUAAGACCACCCAGCUGAACACUGGGUCUAAGGAUCCACCUAAUUACAGUAACUGCACGGAGUGUAAGAACCAGGUCUGCAGCCUCUGUGGGUUCAGCCCCCCAGACUCAGCGGGUAAAGAGUGGCUGUGUCUGAACUGCCAGAUGCAGCGAGCGAUGGGAGGUAUGGAUCCCCCUGGCAUGACAAAGCCCAGGCAAGGCUCGGCCCCACCCUCGCCCCAGAGACAGGCAUCUGGCAAGCCUGGCAAGCUGCUGAUAAAGCAGCAGAGUACCAGCGACCAAGGGUUGACGCCACCAACCACACCCAGGCAGAAAUCCCCAGGCACUACCUCCCCUGGGCCACUUUCCCCCGGCUCUUCAAUGGGCGGAUCCCCUAAGAUUGACCCCAAGACGGGCCGCCCCAUUCAGCCCAAGUCCAGUCCCCAGCAGUCUCCAGCUAAACCCAAACAGGAGUCCAGCUUUUUUGGGGGCUUGGGAGGUAUCAGUUUGGGAGGCUUGACAGACGCAGCCAAACCUCCUGCAGCUGCUUCACAAGCUGCCGAGUCUGUUACAGGGAAGCUGUUUGGUGGGUUUGGUGGUUUGAUGGAAUCGUCAAAGCCUCAAGCACAGGCCACGCCAAAGCAGGAGGAGUCGGUGGCUGGGAAGUUGUUCGGAGGUUUUGGAGGGUUGACAGAAACAGCAAAACCUCCCGCAGCUGCCUCAACGAUGUUCAGCUUCGGAUCGUCACUCUUGAGUUCAGCCACUAACCUUGUCACAGGAGAGGAGGAGAAGGCACCGGACUCUCCACCGGGGUCACCACCGGACUCCGGACCAGGUUCCCCUCCAGAUUCUGGCCCUGGCUCACCACCUGACUCCCCCUUCUCUGCUCCUGGGUCUCCUCCUGAUUCGGACUCUGCUCCUGACACGCCACCUGCAAAGUCCAAGAAACCCCUCAGAGGCAUUUCUGUGGAGCAGGAAGAGAAGGCGCCACGGGCCUCACCUCCAUCUCCACCUGCCCCGGCCUCAGUCACCAAGGAAAGCUGCCCUCUCUGUAAUGUGGAACUGAACGUUGGAUCAGCAGACACGCCCAACUACAGCUUCUGCACCGAGUGCAAGAAGACAGUUUGCAAUCUUUGUGGAUUUAAUCCUACUCCGCAUUUAGGAGAGAAAGAAUGGCUCUGCCUCAACUGCCAGACCCAAAGAGCCAUUUCAGGCCAGCUGGGAGACGUGCCACCUCCAGCCAUGGCUUCCCCAAAGAAGCAACCACCUGCUCCUGCUCCUGUUCCUUCUCCUGCUCCCUCUUCCACCCCUGCCCCCGCUGCUGUAGAUAGCAAACCUGUAGUAGAAGCAGCAGACCUAACCCCAUCAACUCCUGAUACCAAGGUGAAAACAGUGGAGACCUUGAAAGAACCUGGAGAGAAAGAAAUGGCUGCCAAGGACAGCAGUCCCACCAGCCCAUCAGACCUAGCCAAGUUGGAAAGCACAGUCCUUCCCAUUCUUGAGGCCCAGGCAAUCACGCAACCAAAGGAUGACGAGGAGAAACUAACAGACACUCUAAAGAAGAGACGUAAAUUAGAGGUGCUUCCUCUCUCACCUGACUCACCCAGCUCAGAAGAUGACAGAGAACUUACUGAGAAAAAUGCCAAAGGUACCACAAAGAAAAAGCUCCUUGUACCCAUGGAUAUCAGGGCAGAUUCUCUGGAUGAUAGCAGUGAAAGCUUUGGAAAAGAGAGCCCAAUGUCUGGGGAUGAUGAGGAAUUUAUCCGAAAACAGAUAAUGGAAAUGAGUGAGAAUGAGGAUGCUUCCCCGUCUGAUGAGGAAAACCUAGUCCGGCGUAAGAUCAGAGAGAAUGAGAAAAAGCAAAUGGAACAGAAGACAACAGAAGCUGUAGAGAAGAGUACAUCAGGAAAAGGCAGGCGACUUACUAAGAAAAGCACUAUAAGUCCAGAUGAUGAAGAAGAUAAGUUACUCCACGGCUCACAGGAUAAACCUGAUUUACAGAAGGAGGAGGGACAAGAACCAAAACAACAGGAGCAUCAGAGUGGUACUGCAGUUCGCAAAUUCCAAACUAUGGAGCUAAAUUCAACCAGCAGCCCUGUGCGUAUACCUGAUGAUGAUGGAGAGCCUGAAAUGGAAAGCCUCACAGACUCUCCAGAUGAUCGUUCGAGAGGUGAGGGAUCAUCCAGUCUACAUGCAUCCAGUUUCACUCCUGGUACAUCCCCAACAUCCCUCUCAUCACUGGAUGAAGACAGUGACAGUAGUAGUCCUAGCCAUAUCCGUUCUGGCGAGGGUAAACAACACAGGAAAGCCAAACACAGACAGCCUGGUCAAAUGUUACCAACUAUUGAAGACUCCUCAGAGGAAGAAGAGUUAAGAGAAGAAGAGGAGCUGCUUAAGGAGCAAGAAAAACAAAAGGGCUCUGGGAAAAAAUCCAAGAAAGACAAAGAUGAGAUUCGCGCCCAGAGGAGGCGAGAGCAUCCAAAGACACCACCAAGCAACCUAUCCCCCAUUGAAGAUGCCUCACCAACUGAGGAAUUGAGGCAAGAAGCUGAGAUGGAAGAAAUCAGACGAUCCUCCUGCUCUGAUUUCUCCCCUAGUAUUGAAUCAGACCCUGAGGGAUUUGAAAUCCAUGCCUCAAAGAUUGCAGCAGUUCAGAAAACAUAUCAACUGCCUGUAUCAGUAUCUCUUCACUCCCCGACAGAUGAUCAAAAUACUGAUAAACCACAGAAAAAACCUCUCAAAUCUGCUGAUGAGGCUUAUGAGGAAAUAAUGCUGAAGGUUAAGUCUCCAACACUCGACAAAGGCGAGAUUCAGCCAGGCAAAGAGUCCCUUUAUGGAGGCAUGCUCAUUGAAGACUAUGCCUAUGCAUCUCUUAUUGACAAUACAACAGCUGAUCAGACAGAACCAGAGAAGAUUGUUGUUCCUGCUCAGCCCAAAAAACUAAGAUCACCAGAUGAGGUUUAUGAAGACAUGAUAAAGAAGAGGAAGGAAUUCAUGCAGCUUGAGCAAGAAUAUCAAAAUAUGCAGCCAACAAAGGAAAGUGCUACCCCAAAAAUUGUGUUUCAACCUGCUGAGAAUAUCGUCUCCAAAAGCAGCACAGUAACAUUAGGCAAAGAUGGGAAGCCAUUGUUGGAUGCUGAAACUGCCUAUGAAGAGCUAAUUAAAAGAGUGCUCACUCCUGGAACAAGUCCAACACAGCAGGAGCCAGAUGUGGAAGACACUGCUUCUAAAAGGGCACUCCACCCCAUCCCAGACUUAAAGGUGACACAGUGCUCUUCAGGAGAACUAUCUUCUGAUGACGAGAGUGUGAUUAAAAAGGAAGAGGAUACAGUCGCAGUAUCAGACACAACAUCAGUGAUGGAAACUGAGCCUGUGACAGUGGUUGCCGAGCCCCCUCCAUCAUCAACAUCUGAUCAGCAACCUCACACAACAAUCGCAGAAUCCCAGGCUGAUAUUGUGGACUUAUCUAGUGCACUCCCAAGAACAUCAGCACCUGUGAUUGCCAGUGUAUCACCCUUGCCCACAGUCCCUCAGUACACACCCAGUAUUCCCAGUGUGGUGUCAACUGCCCCACCUAUACCCCCCAAGCCAAGUGUCCUGCGUAGGGCUAAUUCUCAGGAAAAAACAGAAGUACCUGUUGCACCACCACUGCCUCCUCCCACCCCACCGAAACCUACUGUUUUCCCCAGGAAAGCUCCAAUUCCACUUCCACCUCAGGCUUCAGCAACUCCAGUCAGGCCAGAGACAGCAGCUAUGACCGCAGCCCAGGGACCAUCUACAAGACAAACAGUUACACCAAUGUACAAGCCUCAUGUUCCCCCUCCUGUUGCCCCAAAGCCAACCAUUCAUGCAGGGAUUGGAGAUGGUCACCGACCAGGACAUGGUGUUAAACCACCAAUUGCACCAAAGCCUGGGUCACAGCCUUCUUCACCUGCCCAUGUCCCACAUCCACCAAGACCCACUGUACUUCCCACUGGUCCUAGUGACAAUGUCCUGAAUCUGAGCCCUUCUUCUGAGAGCAAGCCAUUUCAACCAUCACCAAAGUCUCCUUCUUCUCCAAGAUAUGCCAGCAAUCUUCGUGACACGUAUGUCGUCAUCACACUGCCAUCUCAGCCCAGCUCUCCAGUAGACACUGUCUCAACUCAAGCUCCCUCCAGCCCUGGCCCGGUAUCUCCUUCACGUCAAGCUCAGCCCCAAAGUUAUCACCAACCACAGCCUCAACCUCAGUCAUAUCCACAGCAGCACCCACAACCAACCCCUCCUACAACAACUAGGGUGCCUCUGGCAUACACACGAGUCACAGAAUCCAUUGAAAGUCAAGAGAUUUGUGGCCCAGAAAAACAUGUGUCUAGCUCUUGUCACAUAAUUGAGGCUAUAUCUGCCUCGGCACAGCCACCUGUUGUUAUGCCUAACCUGAUCUCUCAAGUGGUCACCACUGAAGUUCAAAGGACCACCGUCUCUGUUGUUCAUGAAAGGACACCACCACCAGUGCCAGCUCCAAGAGCAAAUGGUGUCCCAAUCUCGAUGGAGAAACCUAAGCCUCAUUUGCCAGCACAGAAUGGACAGGCCGUUCAACCUUCUGAGGUGGUAGAUCUUAGGACUAUGAAGGUGGACCCAGGAUCAGACAUGAAUGGUGUGGAUCUGUCUGCUGGCCCAGAUCCAAGACGUCAGUCUUUUGCAACUGAUGUCAGUCGUCAGAACAGUGCAGUGCAGUCACCUGUGGUCAACCUCAGUGCUGAAUCGUCUACUGUUUCUAUAAUGACUGAUAGUAUCACCAUUGUGACCUGUUCUGCCACAAUCCAGCAAUGUGACAAUUUAGACACCGCUCAAGUAUCCUCAGUGCCCCUUCAGCUAACAAAAAACAAAGCAUUUGAGCCUGUUUCUCAAAUUAUAUAUCGGCCCAUAGACUCUCAGCCCUCCACUAAUGCCGGUACAGAGAUUCCUAUUAACCUCUCAGUUGGAUCAAGCACAGGUGUAGGAACUUUCCAGACUAUCCCUGUCACUAUUGCACCCACUUCUGUUGCAAACUGUGUUGCCAAUGGAUUAACUACGGGUACAACCACAGUGGCAGGAGCUGUUGACCUUAGCACAACAAAACCAUUCAACACUGUGGUAUCAGUGGAUGCUGCUUCUGCAGAGGUGGUCACAGCUGUCAUCACAGAUGAUGAUGGCAAACCAGUUGAUCUGACUGCAGGGAAAAGAGCUGUAUGCUGUGAUGUUGUGUACAAGCUCCCAUUUGCAGGAGUCUGCACUACUCAGCAACCUACCACACCCCUGCCUGAAGACCGCUUUGGAUAUCGUGAUGACCAUUACCAGUAUGACCGAUCGCCUUACGGCAUGAGAGGAUUUGGUGGAAUUAAACCGUCGAUGUCAGACACUAACCUAGCAGAAGCUGGUCUGUUCUUUUACAAGAGUAAGAACAGCUAUAAUUUCAGUGGCACCACAGAGGGUGCAGUAGAUCUUACCGCUGCAAAGAUUUCUGAUGCAGGUGAAGCUGUUGACUACUCCAAGAAAGGGACUUACGCAGGAAUGACAAUUCCACCCUAUUCCCAAUCCAGAGUCACAAGUGCUGUUGGUACACUCUUUGGUACAAGCAGCGUCUUGAGGUCAUCAAAUGGGGUGGUCUAUUCCUCUGUUGCAGCACCAAUCCCAUCUACGUAUGCCAUUACCACCCAGCCUGGAUCCAUAUUUAGUACAACAUACAACACUCUGUCAGGUAUGCAUACCAGCGACACCAUGCCUUCCUUGUCCAACCUCCAGAAUUUGCCACUAACACGGUCCCAUAGUUUCCUGUCCACCAUCUCCACUACCGCACCAGAAGAACAAGGAGAUGCCCCACUCAAUCUGGAGGUCUCUAGAGGGGGUACUACUACUGCUGGUGCCGCUACAGCAACAACCUCUUUAUCCCUUGACACCUACACUGAUGCAUCCCUGGAGGCUAUAGCUGCGUCACUAGAAGCUCUGUCUUCACCCAUGGUUCCUGGGGAUGGCCAGUAUCAGGCAGAGCGUGAGAGGCUAGAGAUGGAGAAACUCAAGCAACAGCGCCUAGCUGAGGAAUUAGAGUGGGAGCGCCAAGAGAUUCAGCGGUUCCGAGAGCAAGAACAGCUCUUGGUGCAGAAGGAACUGGAGGAGCUGCAGGCCAUGAAGCAGCAGAUCCUGUCCCAGCAAGAAGAAGAAAGACAGGCUCACCUUAUGAUGCAGAAAGAAACCUAUGCCCAGCAACAACAGCAGCUUGAGCAGAUUCAGAGACUCCAAGAGCAGCUGCGCAUGCAACUGGAAGAGCAGAAGCUUCGUCAGAUGUACCCAAGUGGGGACUUACCAGGACAUGGUGUGCAGGAGGCAGUUGUCCUAGGACCUGAUGGCACAGUGCUGUCCCGAAAGAUCACGGAUAGUGGGUGCCAGACAGAUGAAGAGGAUGAGACGGUCAGCAAAGCUUACACAGCAGGACGAAAAAAGAGAAGUGCUAAAAAGAGCGUUGACAGCUGUGUACAGACUGACGAUGAGGACCAAGAUGAAUGGGAGACUCAGACCAGAAGCCGACAAAGCCGACCACGCACCGCCAGGGGUGAUAGGGGUGGGCAGUCAGAGAUGUCUCUUCAAGCCCACACUGAGAUUUCUAUACAAACUGAUACAGAGGGGAACAUUAGAAUGGACACCAGGAUGGAACUGUCUGACUCUGAGAGGACUUCACCAAAGAAACGACCUACCCCCUUAGAAAUAGGCCAGUCUCCUAACCUCAAAGUUGAGUCCUCAAUGCUUCAAGCCCCACCUAAAUCUCCCAAAGUGCUCUAUUCCCCCAUAUCCCCCUGCAUAUCCCCUAGCAAAUCCCUUGAGUUUGUGUCCUAUGACAAAUCACUGGGUGAUACAAGCCCACAAAAGCUAAGAGGAGGUACGGAUCCAUCAAAAGCCUCUCCAGCAAGUCCAAGGGGACCAAAAGCCAUGCAGAGAUCUAUGUCUGACCCUAAGCCCAUGAGUCCAACAGGAGAAGAAAGGGCAACAUCUGGCACCCAGUGUGGUGAUAGUUAUACUGGGAAAAGCUCAGGAGGCACACCAACAGGCACUCAAAAGAAGGUGAAGAGAACUCUCCCCAAUCCACCAUCAGAGGAUGAGUCAACAACGACUGGCCAGACGGCAUACAGCACUGGCUCGGCCCGCAGAAGAAUGUGCCGCAAUUCCAACAUGGCACGUGCCAAGAUCCUGCAAGACAUUGAUCGUGAGCUAGAUCUGGUGGAACGUGAGUCUUCCAAGCUCCGCAAAAGACAAGCAGAGUUAGAUGAGGAAGAGAAAGAGAUUGAUGCCAAGCUUAGGUACUUGGAGAUGGGUAUUAAUCGUAGAAAAGAUGUGCUGCUGAAAGAAAGAGAGAAGAGGGAAAGGGCCUAUUUACAGAGUGUUGCAGAGGACAGAGACUACAUGUCGGACAGUGAGGUUAGUAACAUCCGAGAGACAAGAGGUGGGCUUGGAGCUGGUGAAGAUGAAGAGAUUGAAGGUCAUGGUCUUGAACGUCCCAGGACAGCUCCCCAGUCAGAACUGGAUGACUUUGUCCCACCUCAAACCAAGCAUGAGUAUGGAAAAUACUCCCAGUACCAAUACAAUCAAAGCCAAUACCAGCAGUCUCUCUACCAACCUACCCAGUCCUACCAAUCUCAUUCUCUUUACUCCUCUGUCCCAUCGCUCACUAGCUCCCAGCAGCAGAGUUACCACCAGAUGCUCCUGUUGCAGCAGAAAGCCGCCAGACAAGCCGCCCUCCUCUCAGAGCUGGAUGCAACCAAGUAUGAUGUCAUUAGCCGCCAGCCUGAUCCCACAUCAUCAGCUUACCUGGGAGUCAAGUAUGACAAAUAUGGUAACCACCUUGACCUCAGAGCCUUGGAAGUGGGAAGUAUAGCACGUAGCCCCAUGUCAGCUGUCUCCGAUUCCUAUUACACAGAUGUAGAUCACCAUACACCUAGGAGUUACAUGCUGCUGGAAGAUGCUGCAGAACUGGCUAAGGGCUCCACAGGUCUGUCUUCAUCUUACAGUCUGGCUGAGAGGGAGUUGGCCAAGGCAGAGAAGCUGCUGCGCAGAAGUGCUGCAGAUCUGGGGUCUACUGACUAUCUGGGAUCCACCUCUAGACUCCAUACUUUUGGAAAGACCCCUGAUGAAGAGGAUACAAUGGAGGAGCCGUAUGAACUGAAACUCCUGAAGCAGCAGCUCAAGCAAGAGUUUAGGAGAAGUACAGGUGGGACAGAAAACUUAGAACAACUGACAGGCCUGUCCCAGCACUACUAUACCCCAAGCUCAAGCAUCUCUGGUUACUCCCAAAGACACUAUCCAAAGACAGACAAGUACAGCAUCAGUCGACUUACUCUUGAGAAACAAGCGGCUAAACAACUCCCAGCAUCCAUGUUGUACCAAAAACACAAGACUCCAUUGUUAGAUCCUAAGAUCUCUUCAAAGUAUUCUUCUAUGACAGACAGCAGAGCUUUGGAGACAGACUAUACCAGCUAUCUUGGGUCAACCAGUGCAUCGGCAAGAUCUAGCCGGCUCUCGCAAGAUGAGAUUACUUUCGGCCUUCGUAAGAAUAUUGCUGAGCAACAGAAAUACCUAGGGUCCACCUUGGGUGCCAACUUGGCCGGGUCACUGAACUUGGGCCAGAGCUUGGGUUUGGACUCUGCCUAUCCUAGCGGUAGUCGCUCAAGACCCUCAUCCAGGCCCACAUCCUGCUAUGGCUUGGACCUGUCUAUCAAAAGAGACCCCUCAAGCUCCUCACUGAGGCUUAAAGGGGACGGCGAAACAUCCGGAGAUGUACCCAGCUAUCAAACCCCAUCUGGUCGGACCAAACCCACCAGCCUUCCCAUUGUGCAAAGUGGUCGUGGCCGAAUACCCAUAGUGGCCCAAAACUCGGAGGAGGAGAGUCCAUUGAGCCCCGUUGGGCAGCCUAUGGGCAUGGCCCGUGCGUCAGCGGGACCUCUGCCACCCAUCUCAGCUGAUUCAAGGGACCAGUUUGGUUCCUGCUUAUCGUUGCAGGACUCCCAGCAGCAACAUAUCAGGGAAGAGCCAACCAGGGGUAGGGGUUAUGUGCUACUGGAUGACCUUCAGGGCACCAUGUCAGAUAGUGAAGCCCUAAGUGAUUCCCUGGUGGCUUUGAACAGAGACGAUGCGACCAAUGCCUACCAUCUGAGACGAGAGGAGACAGACUGGUUUGACAAGCCAAGAGACGGACGGCCAGAGAACGGACAAGAGAAGAGACAGGGAAAAGGCCCGUACUACCCCUUCCCUCACCUCAGGGUCAAACUGCAGAGGGAUCCCAAAGAUCGCAGUGUCUCAGGAAAUGGUCUGGGUAUCCGUGUAGUUGGAGGGAAAGAGGUCCCAGGCAGUAAUGGAGACAUCGGAGCCUACGUUGCCAAAGUGCUACCAGGAGGAGCUGCAGAACAAACAGGGAAGAUUCUCGAAGGAAUGCAAGUCCUGGAGUGGAAUGGUGUUCUUCUGACGGGGAAAACCUACGAAGAGGUGCAAGGGCUCGUCGGGCAGCCGUGCAAUGAAGCAGAAGUGUGUGUCAGACUUGAUCUCAACAUGCUGGCUGAGUCAGACGGUUCAGAGCACCUAGAUUUCCAGGAGCACAGCAAAAGUGACAGACCUCCCAGGUCUCCAGGUGUUGACCCCAAGCAGCUGGCGGCUGAGCUGCAGAAGGUGUCCCAGCAGCAGGCUCCCACCUCCGCCUCUUCCUCCGGUCUGCCCCCCACCACCUCUGCGACCUCCAGCCCCGGUCAGCCAGGAUCACCGUCCGUAAGCAAGAAACGCCACAGCAGCAAGACUGCAGAGGGAACGAAAACCCAGUCCCACCCCGUCUCCGGAGAGAUCCAGCUUCAAAUCCACUACGACAAGCAGCUUGGCAACUUGAUCGUCCACGUCCUGCAGGCUAGAAACCUCUCCCCGCGGGACAACAAUGGCUACUCUGACCCGUUUGUUAAAGUGUAUCUCCUGCCAGGGAGAGGUCAGGUCAUGGUUGUCCAGAAUGCCAGUGCUGAGAACAAGAGGAGGUCCAAACACGCAGGAAAGAGUCUCAACCCGGAGUGGAACCAGACUGUCAUCUAUAAAAACAUCCACCUGGAGCAACUGAGGAAGAAGACCCUGGAAGUGAGCGUGUGGGACUACGACAAGGGCUCCUCGAAUGAUUUCUUAGGAGAGGUUCUUAUUGACCUGUCCAACACAACCCAGCUGGACAAUGUCCCGCGGUGGCUCCCCCUGAAGGAGCAGAGCGAGGGGGACCACCACCGGCGCUCCCACUCAGGACAGGGCCGACACGGUUCCUCCAAACCCUCGUCGCAGCAUUCCUCCCCUAAAACCGGCGGCUCCGCACAUGACAAUCAGGAUUCCCCAAAAUCAUCUGUCAUCAAGAGCCGAAGCCACGGGAUCUUUCCAGAUCCGGCCAAGGACACGCAGGUGCCCACUAUCGAGAAAUCUCACAGUAGCCCUGGCACAUCGAAGCCUUCCCCGUCCGAGGGCCAGAGCCAAAGCCACAGCCACGGACACAGCCAACACUCUCGCUCGCACGGUGCUUCACGCUCCAGCAAAAGUGCCGCGCGGCAACACCAUCAGGACGGCGGCGCGGGAAGCAGCGGAGGCGCUGCCGUAGCAACGGGCGAUGCCCCACAGCAGUCACAGCAGCAGCCGCCGCCGCAACGCCUCCAACCAACUCGGUCGAGCUACAGAUCCAGCGAUGCCCCGGUCACAGCGGCCUCGUUGGACAGCGGCCUGAGCGGCAGCGCCUACAGCCUGCUGGACGAAGAAGGAGAGACGAACGAGGUGGACAGUGCCAUCUUCCAGGUGCCCCGAUUUGGAAAGAUUCCCAACGGCACAGACGCGAUGAAAUCAUCAAUGGGACUUGGUGACGCUGAAGGUAAGUCCCAGGUGAUGGGGGAGAUCAAGAUCGCUCUGAAGAAGGAGGUGAAGACGGAGGGUGAGCAACUGGUCCUUGAGAUUCUUCAAUGUCGCAACAUCACCUACAAGUUCAAGACUCCAGACCACCUGCCUGAUCUCCCCAGGUGUGCUGCAUUACUUAACGAGGUCCAUCAUGGAGGAGAUCUAUAUGUGAAGCUCUAUGUGGUGAACAUCGCCACCCAGAAAAGGAUCAUCAAGAAGAAGACCAGAGUGUGUCGUCAUGACCGCGAGCCAUCUUUUAAUGAAACCUUCCGCUUCUGUAUGAACCCCGCAGGACACUCUCUACAGCUCUUCCUGGUGUCCAACGGUGGAAAGUUCGUAAAGAAGACCCUGAUUGGGGAGGCCUACGUGUGGCUGGACAAAGUCGACCUACGCAAGCGAGUGGUGAGCUGGCACAAGCUGCUCGCCAGCACCGCCCAGAUCCACUCAUAGAAGGAGACUCAAUCUAAAAAACAAACUAAGCCUGAGAGGGCACGAAGAGGUGUCUGUCAUCGAUCCACUCUUGACGGGUGGGGGAGAGGGUGGUGUGGGUACGGGAGGGGGCGAAAAUAUCUCUUUCUUCAAUCUUUAUUUCAGGGCUCAGAGUUUUGGAGGACGCUUUCGUUCGUAAGAGCAGCUGUGACGAUGAUUUCUGUUGUGCAGGAGGUUUUGAGGAAGUAGUUUUGCGUUUACAGGAAACGAACACAAGUUUACAGGACGUACAGUGUACAGUAGUGAAGCCGGGGCUGAGGAGAACACAGGUGCUGAGUUCAGAGGUCAGACACGGAGUCAACCAGGUAUUACACACUUCAAAUCACAACACACACACACAUGCACACACACACGAUUAUCCAAGACAACUUUGCACACUCAUUCACGCAGAAGAGACAUUUUAAUUCUACAGGGAAUGGACACACUUGUGGAUUCAAAUUUAUUUAUUAAGAUGUUUUAUCCAUGAAAGAUUUUCCUCAUUGCUUUAUUAUGAGCGCAGAGUUUUAUUGAUUUACAAAGCAUUUUGGGAAUGAAAUAUUGAAGACUCCGCUACGGAGACCUCCUAUUUAUUUUUGUAUUAUUAUACUAGCGUAGAGUUCUAUCAUUUGUCUCCUCCUCGAUUAUUUAAAAAUCUAUCCUGGGAAGAAAGCAUAGUAUAUUUUCUAACACACUACCUAGCAUUCCAGUUCUAGAGGAAAAAAGGAAUCUCAGCAAGCAUGAAUUUAUUAAAAACAUCUCCUCGUUGACAUCUUUUCUCUCCGUACGUGUAAACUAUCAAAUGAUUAUCAUUGUUUGAUAAUGGAUUGAUAUUGAUAUAUAUCAAAUUGGACACUAUAUAUUGUGCGCAUGAGUUUAUCUAUUGGUAUGCAGUGCCACAUGUUAAGCACAGAAAAAAAAAAAAUCACCUCCAAGGUUCACUUUGUAUAUAGUGAAGUGUCAUAGCUGGAAAUUAAUUAUAACAUAUAUAGAUAGAUAUAUAGAUAUCUUUAUCACGGACAAUCGAGUCUUGAUGAUUGUGACAUAGAGGUUUUAUUUACCCACGAUGCCCCUUUAGAAUGUGACACGUUAACCAGAUGAGAUUUAAGUAUUUCUUGUUUUUCUUUUGUGAGAUCCAGGCACAUGACGAGUCCCAUAUCAGUCCUGCUUUUGUUCAUAGGAGCACGCUUUUGUGGUAUUUUGCACUUUUUCUGCAUAGAAUGUAAAACUGACGUCAUCAUCCUGCUAAAAAUGAGACAGCGAGAGAUUUUUUUUCUUUCCUAGGGGAGGAAGUAGAGAGGUGAAGUAGAAGGACGACAAUAUCAGGAGAUUUUGCAGCGAACAAGAGACAAAGGUGUCGGAAACCAUCCAUGAAAACUGUUAUCAGUGGUGUAGUGGUAGACGAUGAGUUGGGUGUACAAUGUAAGCGGGAUUUAUACUUGUGCGUCAGCUCUAUGCAUAGAUUAUGCCGUAGCCUGCACACGUGGCCUACGCCAUUGUGAGCAUUUAUACUUGUGCGGUGGUGUGUCUGUGUCACUCUGCAGUUACACCUCCAAAACACUGGUAGGCGAUGUGGUUUCUGUGAAGUGCUGUAAAGUUGAGUUGAUUCAAAACACACUUAUACACCCACAUUAAACAUGGCUUGAUAGACAAAAUUUCAAACACAAGUACACAAAUCAGCUUCACUAUAACUCACAGCAUUCACAGACAAACACUUGUCUUUAUCUGGACACAUUUUCCCCACAAAUACAACAUGCUAACGUUAUUAGCACAAGCCUAUGGCAUUUUACAUUGUAUAAAUUAGCCUAGCAGCUAGCAGACUUUUCCUCUACUCAUAUGAAGCCAGGGACAACAGCGACAUUUAACAAAGGUAACGUUACAAAAUUCAGCUCCUCACAAGGUUCACUGACAAAACAACUGUCUUAAACUGAACUGUAGUGGAGGCUUUAUUAUCUUCACAGUUUAUUGUUUCUUAUCUGUAAAAUAAAAAUAAAUAAAAGCUUUGUUUCCACUGAGGGAAAUGGUUUCAGCUCACAGAAUCAAACAGGUCUGCAUUGGCGCGAUGUGUUGUGACAUUUCUGGGGAGGUGCGUGUCAGGCUACACCGUAGGUACGGCAUCAACUCAACGCAGAAGUAUAAAUCUCUCAUAAGUAGAUGAGCAGGUUACCAAGGAAGUAAGUGGGUAUACUCUCCUAUACAUUCCAAUGGCUUUGUGGCUGAUAGGUGGGUAUGCUGUAAAGCACUGGUUCCCAACCCUCACUAGAGGUUAAUAAAGUUUCACGGAGGUCACAAGGCCUUCUUGAUUUGAAAAGGUGUAAGACAGUUUAAAGUAGAUGCCUGCCCUGUUUGGUUCGGAUCAAUCAAACUCAAGUUUGUUUGCCCCCUAAGUGCAGUUAAUUCGGGCAGGUGCCCUUUGUCCAGUUACAAAGGAACUCUGGUGCGGUUCGUUUGUGGUGAGAACGUGUUCCAACCUUGAUCCGAACCAACUGCAGUCACAUGACACAUUGUUUGGGUUAAACAUGAGCAUGUUACAAAACAUUGUUUUCUAGUUGGAGCCGCGCCUCGUUUUCAAACUGUAUGGUUUGACUAAAAUGAACAAUGACAGCAAUAUAGUCCACGAUGACCAGCGCUAAAAUCAACCUGCGUAGUUGUCCCUCCAUUGUGACAUUAGAAAGUGUCACAUUUAUCUCACAAGUGUACUCUUCCUGGAUUUUUCCCACAUGGAAAUUCUGACCAAUCAAGAGCAGAUUUCUCACACAAGACAUUUGAUCUGGUCCACAAAUGCUGCCGUGAGAACACGAACCAACUCUAGGUAACUGUACAACUUUGUGACCAAAUUAGUCUUUGAUUCAGACCAAAGCAAGACAACUCUAGGUCUGAAAGCACCCUUAAAGACAUCAAUGUAAAAAUGAAGCGUUUCGCCUGCACUGUAAGUCUAUUUUGAAAAAGACCGUAUUCAUCUAAGGAGCAGAAACUGCACAUUUUCUGUGAAAACUGAAGUGUAUUUUGAAAAGACACAAUGGAUAUAACAAACAUAAAUCGACAAGCCGUCCAAGAACGUCCAAAACUGAUGCAGGGAGCUAGCUAGCACGUCUUACUUUGACUUUCAGGUCCACUGACAAAACGGCAGUAUUCGACCAAUGGGGUUGAGAACGCCUUGCUGAUUUCACUUAGUCAGGAGUCGUCAGUUUACCCAAGGAAAAGGUUGGGAACCACUGCAGUAAACAGCCAGAAAAAGAGGCAGGUACACCCUCCGGCAUAUAUCCUCCACUACACCACUGACUGUUACCAUUCUAAGACAUGACAAUGCUAUUACAGUAGCAUGCUUAUGUUUUGUUUUGACAUAUAUGUGUUGUCAUUUACCUCUUCUAAUCCAAAUCAUCAACGUCUUUAAGAAUCUGUCCGUUACGCCUUGAUAAAGGUCAUCACGUGCACUCGUACGGGGGUCAAGAAGCAGAACAGCUGGUCCAUUCAACAUUUCCAGUCCAACUUAGCAGUGAAACUUAACAUCUGAGUGAUUUCUAUGCAACAUCUACCAUAUAAAGGUGGUAACUGCAUCUUGACUCGCCGGAAACGUGAGAUGAAAGGAAGCAUUUAUAUCGACUUUUUUCUUUGCACUGCUGUGUUUUCAUGUCCUCCAUGAAACGACGACUGCUUUAAUGUGACUUUUGUGUGUUAUUUUGUACUUUUUAUUUAUUGCCUGUGAGACUAUUUCACACGUUGUAUUAUAUUUGUUUACAGUACAUAUCAGGUGUACAUAAAAAAGUGGAGAACUUUUUUGUUUUUAUACACAAUGUAGUGCUUGUUUACAAGGUGUAGAGAGCCUGAAACUCAGAGAACCAACUUUCUCAUCGUCCUUGUGCACGAACACACUCACAUAGAUCCCAAAUUUCACAUAGUUACAAGUCGAGAGAAGAAAAAAUAACAUUCCUAUUCUUUUUCUGCACCCCCUGUUUGAACAGUUGUGUAUGAGAAAUUACCAAAAAAGACUUCAUUAUAAUCACUGGACAUUUGCCUGAGAUUUAAAGUCGGUGUGUGUUUUUUGGUUUUCCUUCUUUUUAUACCCACGUGCUUGUGUGUAGCAUCUUCACAUCAAGUCCAUGCAUGUCAUUGGCUCUAAUGCAUAUCUCUUCUUUUAAGUGUUGUCUGUCGAAAACUUUAAAAUAACACACAGAAAUACACGCAUUCUCUUACACACACACACGCACACACACACACACAGAUGCCAUCUCUCUAUUUCCAACCUUGUAAAUACAUCGCUUUUUAUACUGGGAUUUGGGGAGCAAUAGGUCUUUUAGCAGACAUAAAAAAAAAAACGGUGUGUGAUGAUAGAAGUAAAAGGACGUUGUUUUUCUCUCGAUCAAUGUACAGCGGAUAGACUGAGAAACAACCUUAUGUCUGUCUGUAGGGACCCAGAUUUACCCCAACCCCCUUCGCACCAAACACUAAAGGUUUACCAGAGUCUAACUACACAGAAGUCUAUCGUAACAACUCGGAGCAGUCGCAGGAGAAUUUAAAUGUGCUCACACUGGAUGUUGCAUGUUUUGUUGGUGGUUCAUACUAUUUUUGUGUCCAGAUAUUAUUAAAGUAAACAAAAAAAAAAGAAUGAGGUAGAGGAAGAUAUAGUACAAAAUGUUAUAGAGGGGGAAAUUAUGAAUAAAAACCUAUUAAAAUUAUUGAUGAUGUAUGCUGACUGUACAAAGAUUAUGCUUGUAAAACCCGUCUGGUUUUUCACUUGUAAGUAAACUGAAAAAAAUAUACUGUCAUGGUUUUGUGAUUGUAUACAGGAGGUAUUGAUAAAUUAUGCAAAUUGUGCUGUAAAAAUGGCUGUUGCCCCAUGUCUAAAUAUUA